CGCCAGGGAACGAUUUCUCUUUGGAUGCGUGUGCCAAACUCAGGGAAAAAAAGGCACUUCGGUUUCACCACUGUAGGAGACCUAAUAAUUUACGAGAGAGCAAAACGCGACAGAACACGUCAACGGUGGUAUAACCUUCAACGCCGCUUUUCUCAUGGUCUGACUCCAGAUGAUGUCCAGACAACGCUUCACGACAUGCCGCCGUUCAAUGCCUUUUCCGCCAUAAGUAAAUAGGUUUACAACGUUCUUCCCCUUUUUUUCCGUUGGUGCGUCAAUCGACUCCUCAGCGCCGCCCACGUCGGAUCCUGGAGUCACCGACUGCGCAAGAAGUCUCUCAGUUUCCUCUCUUCUCGAAAGCCUCCAAGCGUCUCUUUUCAGCGUUUCUCCUGCACUGAUUGCCCCCCGCGCCCUUGCGACUCGGAGUGUGAGCAAAGUUGCACUUCCACAGAUCUACGCCUGGAUAAAAACAACGACCUUCAGGGUCUAAUCCGGGCGUUCGACCAGUAGAGUUCACUGCAAACGAAACGCCCGCGCUCCUUUUCGCGGGUAUCUCUUCUGUCUCACAUAUCCAGGUGUUUCCUCGUGUUUCUUUCCCGUUACUCCACGCUCUGCUACCAGUGAAGACAGCCAUUCUCUCUGUCCUAUUGAACGAGGUCAAUCACGUCUCCACAAGGGAGAAACGAAGAACCCUGGGGGGGGGGGGGGCAGAGCGCGUCCAUGUUUCUUUAUUUUCUUUGUUCUUGCCUCCAGCUCCGUAGGCAAAGACCUGUAGACCCCGCCGGUGACCUCUUCCCGACGGAUUCACGCAGAGUCCUCUCGUCUUCAGUGCGUCUGACGAAGACGGGACUCCUCGCUGAAGAGAGGAAACACAGCAGUUUAUGACUGAAUACAUGACGGCACUAUUAUGAGGUCGAUUUCGACGUCUGAAUGAUGUCGCCUCCACACUAGGGAGCUGGGAAGGGCAGGAUCGCGAACGGCAUUUUGUCAUGUCUCUGCCAACGGGAACAGUCUCCGUUACAUGCGGAGACGACCGCCAGUUGUCGCGUGGCCUGAUGGGGUUCAACGGAAGCAAACGGGAAAGAAAGAUUUUCACUCAUUCGCCCAGAUGCUUCAGGAGGAAGUUUUGUUUCUCCUUCUGGACCGCCACAACCAACUCGGCGAGGAAGAUCGGGUCCCAGUUCUCUUCGCAGAGACGAGUGAGGAGAAGCAGCAGAGGAGUCGAAGGAGCCGCGCCCGAAGAAGGAAGAAGAAGAUUUGCAACUUCCACGAGCAGCGCAAAGGCUUCCCUGGCGCUCGUGAGCUCCUCUGCAGAGUACGUCGAAGAAGGAGCUGUUGAAGACAUAGUGACCUAGGGCGCAGAUGCUGAAGCUUCAGUUGCUAUCCAGGUGCUUCCACCUCAGUGACAUUCUCUUGCAUACAUUGCGCUUUCAAGGGACCUCAAAAACGGUGCUUUGCGAGUGUCAAUGUCAUCAAUAUAGUCAAGGAAAUAGUUGGUUCUGCAUGUCCUGAGUACGUAAGAGGCAAAAAGAUGCGAAGUAUAGAGGCAAUUUCAUCGGAAACCGGUGCGGUUUAAAGAGGUAGCUACGGCGUUAAAUACCACACAAAACGCUGUACACCUCUCAAUUGGUAAUAAAGACAGUUAUCGUAGAAGUACCCAGCCAGUUACUGAGGAACAGCCACGAGCCCGAAACCACAACUUAGUAUGAAUGAAUGCACGAAAACACACCGGGACCUCAGUGUGCGAACGGAGAGAGAGGGAAGAGAAACCAGCAUGAUAGACAAAAAUCGGACAGAACUGUAGAGGCAAACAUGACACAGCACGAUGAAGGGCGGAACAAGGGGAGACAAAGGAUGCGUGACUGUAGGGAAGACAAAAGGUCAUACAGGGAAUAAGGGCCAAGAGCUUCGCAUGAUAACGCAAUCUCCACAAAAUAAUUCAAUCUAGACGUUUGAUAACCAAGAAGGGAUGGUGGUGACCCGGACCCAAACCUGGGGAACACAGGUGUCGAGAUCGAGAGGAAAACGCAGCGAAGGAACAGAGGACGAAAGAUGCUGCUGAAGCAAGCAGACUGGUAGAAUGUUCAAAAUGCAAAAGCAGGUAGGAAACGUAAGGUCGUGAGUUUUUUUAAAUGGGACGUCGUUGGAAUACUCCAGUAGUGGUCUGGUUUCAGCGUUUCAUAGCGGAAUCCUGAGCACACGAAAAACCCUCUGCUCCUCUCCGACACCCUAACGUCAGCUAUGUCGCUGUUCGACCCAUUCAGCGGUGAAAUAAGUUUAGGGAGUGAUGACCAGUUUUCUACGUCCGGAACUCGGCGGCGUGUCUUCGUCUUGCAGCAACCCGACCCCCUCGCAACAUCGUGGAUGCUCAUCCCACCGGCCAAUCACUUGAAUGUGGGGCUUUCUUCCAUAUACAUCCGGAGCGAUCUUGUUGAGACAUGAAGAAAAAACAAGAAAUAUCAAGGAAUUUUUUCCCUGUGAACCCUAUAUCGCUCACCUGCGUAUUUUCGCAGCGGAGUCUGCGCCCGACCUGGGUUGGUGUGAGCCACCAUCAGCGUUGUAUGGCAUGCUGCGCGUGGGCGCGACUUUUCCUCAAUUUGACUGCCUGCAAGGGAACGGUUGUCUGCUGCGCCGUGGCAAAAAGUACAGUUCGGUGAAUGAGAGGCAAAACAUGCAGCUACAACCGUGACAGCGCUGCCGCGUCUGGGGAAUCACGAUGCAAACUGAUUCCAUACUCUCGCUGCACACUACAUGGGUUAGACGUGCCGUUCCUGCUGAGUUGCACGAGUUGAGCCCGUUUCCUCCUCUGUGGCAGUCACACAGAGAAGUCCUGCGAAGUUUCGCAAGCGAUGGAAGUGGAAAACUGAGCAACAAAGAAACCGUGACGGAGUGUAGGGAAUAACAACCAGGGCUUAACAUUUCAACCUUCCCUAAAGGAGGCGCGCAAGACCUGAGAGCUCUCCAGUUGAAAAAUCCUAUUCCUGGUAGGCGAGCUUCCGGUUGGACAUCUGCGUGCAUGGAGCACGUGCAUAAUUCCAC